CACUAUCUGUUUGAUCAAAAUGGUUAUUUUACUAUGGGACAAAAUACCAUAAUAAUGAGAUAGGGCACCCUUACUGUACACCCACGAUGUGCAUCGAUAAAUUUAGGCAGUCGUUCAUCAGCCAUUCCCGCAGCCGCCCAGGACGGCCCGACUGGUGAUGAAACCCAGUGACCGAAGCAUUCCGAACCAAUCCGUGUAUCCAGAUGCACAUCAAUCUUCCCUCGCUACUUUGCACAGCCCAAAUGCGGAACCUCCGCUACCAUCUUCCAGCCCCCUUCCUCAUCCGUCACAUCGGCCAAUCACAACCGGAUAUGCGCCACCCAAUCCCAGGUGAACCAAUCAGUAAGAAUGACGGCCAGGCGAGUGAAAUGGUUUACCUUUUUACCAUUGACUUGGGAAUUAAAUCUCACCUUCCCUCUCAUAACAGUAACAGGUCUAGAUGUGAGACGAGCCCAGAGCAAGUGGUGAUGGUUUUGUCGAAUCGAUCCGGGCCGAGUUCGCCGAUGCGGACCUGCUUUGACCCGGGCCAGGGCCGAUGCUCCAUUCCCGGCCGGAGCUUGACCCGCCGAUCCCAGCGUUCACAACUCACUUCAAUCCUCUUACACAGCAACAACAGCUACAGCAGGUCAUGUCCUUUGGGUCGGUUUCUGGUUCUUGUUGGAAAUUACUACCGUGUCUCGUUAGAAUUUAGCAGAAGCUACAGUAUAAAGAUACUGACAAAUAAAGAAAAGGCAAAAAAGUAA